CUCUGCCCUCACCGGGGGUGCCGCGUGCUUCGUCCGUGAGCAUCGUGCGUACUAUUUCGUCGCCUCCUCUCUGACACGAACGGAGCAAUUUGUAGCAGCAAUGGUAAGGAAGCGUAAAUAUAAAGCUCUGCAUCUUAUCCCUCACUGUCCACUCUCCACACCUCUCCAAGCAAAACAGCAGCCAGCGGCAAUCAUACCACAUCCAAUCAACGGUACUCACAUACUCAACUUCCUUGUUCAUCGUGUAAAAGCCGAGUGCGGACUCUGGCAACAUUUCUCACCACAUCCAACACCACUACCAGUUCACUCCAAUGGCGCCAAGCAAGGAGUUCACCCCCCUCGUGCCGCCAAAGGACGUGCGACCACGCUCUGCUUUCUUCGGGCCCUCAGGUCGUAAGAACAUGCUUCGCGACCAGCUCACGAUCACCAGCUGGCUCGCCCUUGGCGCCCUAAUCCAAGGCCUCGCCUUCCUCGUCCUCGGCCGCCUUGCCCUUCUUCCCGCCGCGGCACUUGUCUUCUACCGCGUCUUCGUAAUAUACGCCCAGUCCGUCGGCUGGCUCCACAACACCUUCAUGGAUGGGGUUAUCAUGUCCAAGUUCUCGAGCCAGCUGCCGGACGAGAACGGGAAGUACGGCUCCGUGCCCGCCAAGGACGAUGUUGUCGUCUUCCUCAUCGGGACCAGAUUCAACCACCCCCUCGGCCUACUUGCCCCGGGUGUGCGAGAGUUUGGCGGCUUCAUGAGUAGCAUGAUCGAUCAACUCGACAAGGAAGGCUUUGAAGACUACCUGGGCUCGACGAGCUGGCUCAACGCGGGUACGCGCGAUACGAGCAACGAGUUGCUCAUCGUGCAGUACUGGCGCUCAACUGAAGGGCUGCACAAGUACGCCAACGGCCCACUUCACCGGGAAAGCUGGGACUGGUUCAACCGCAACACAAAGGCCUACCCGCAUCUUGCCAUCUACCACGAAACCUUCAAGGCGCCCGCCGGCAACCACGAGACCAUCUACUUGAACUCCCAUGCCUCGCAUCUGGCUAGCACAACUACCAAGGUGUGGGAAAAUGGGGAGGAGAAGUGGGCAAGCCCCAUGGUGGAUGCAUCACGAGGGCUUUUGCGCACCCACCUUGGCCGGAUGACUCGCGGCACGGGUGAGGAGCAUGCCGAAAGGGGAGUGAAGACGAUCUAUGAGUAAUGUUGUCUGAGAAAGGUUGGCUUGGGGCUCGGUCGGCAUGGCAUGGCUUGGCUUUGAGAAGCAUCGGCUACGGGGAAGGUGUGGUAAGAUUCAACUGUGAGCGAGCUUUUAGUUGAUGCAUAGCGUUUGCCCGAACAGUAGUGGGAUACAGGUAUGAUUUUAUGGUCAUUGCAUUCUACUGUUCUACUAGCUCACCUCACUCCGCCUCGCCUAUCAGCGAAACGCAUGCAUCAAGCACUAAUAGCGGACUCUUGUAUGACGAGUGCAACACAUGCCUCAUUUUUGCU